AUGAUUAUCGACGGCGAGAAAUAUGCCUGCGAGGCUUGCGUUCGCGGCCAUCGUGUGAGCAACUGCCAACAUUCAGACCGCCCACUCCAGCACAUCAAUAAGAAGGGCCGCCCAGUAUCACAAUGCGCGCAUUGUAGGGCGAUGCGCAAGUCCAGAUCCGCCCACGUGAAGUGCGACUGCGGAAUCAAGCCUAGCAAAUGCAUACAUUUACAGCCCACGCUCGAGGGCCACACCCAAACGUGCUGUUGCAACCACGGAGGCGCCUGCUCCUGCUCACACACACACAAGCCGUCGCCUUCCUCUGAUGCCUCGACUCCGCCCCAGCUCGGCGCCGGAGACUUGAGCCAGGCUCGCCAGCACACGAAACUCACCUCACGCGCUCGACGCGCCAGCCUCGUCACAUCGCCGACUUUCCCUGGCGUCCAAAAGUCGAUAACGCAACCCAGGGCCUCACUAAAGAGCCGGGCCCCGGUCACCCUUGCGCGGGCCGGCUCCCUCGCUAGGAGGCGCAGAUCAUCCGGAACUCUACACACGCUCAAUGGGAGCCCGGAUCAUGAAGCGUCGGGAGAUACUACCCCCGACAACUCGACCGAAGAACCCGGCUCUCCCAACUUCGGAGAUGUCUCCGGAAUCGCCCUAGCUAGUCACCUGCCCCCUCUCGAUAUGUCACGAAUCGCGAGAUUUUCUUUUCAACCACCCACUGGCAACGCCGGCUUCGAUCUGUUUAACACGACGGGAUUCCCUGAUACCGACGGCCCGCUCUUCAGCGCUGGUCUCCCGACCCCGUCAAACAUGUGGGGUAGCAUGGUAACGCCGACUUAUAACACGAUGCCCCCAAUAUUGGCGCCUUCCUGGCCCGAGAUUCUUGACGACAUGGGCGACCUCAACUUCAAUUUUAACGACGAGUUUCUCGCCAUGGGCUACGAUGACAUGCCUUCCGCGGACAAGGCCGCCGAAUACCACCAGUAUUGGCCUCCCUCGCCAUGA